ACGGUCGCUGAGAAGAAUUUCGCCCAAGGGCGUCGCCGGGGAGCUCAUCAAGCUCGCCAUCCCUGCUGUCAUCGCCGGAUUGGCGGAGCCUGUCGCGCAGCUCACGGAGACCGCAUUCAUUGCACGAACCGGAGCCGUGAGUCUCGCGGCCAUUGGCGUGUCCAUCUCUGUGUUCAACCUCGUCUCGAAGGUCUUCAACUUCCCCCUUCUCAACAUCACCACGUCCUUCGUCGCUGAGGAUGGCGAAGCAAGAGCAAAAGCAGCAGCAGCAUCAGCGUCCGCAGCAGAAGCGGCGGGUGAGAAGCGAGUGGUGCCUGCGGUGUCAGCAGCUCUGCUGGUGGGCGCCAUUCUUGGGAUUGUCGAGGCUGUGGUGCUCGCUGCUGCUGCUGCCCCCAUUCUCGGCGCCAUGGGCGUCCCUGCGACCUCGCCCAUGCGCGGGCCAGCGCUGCACUACCUCUCCCUCAGGGCGCUGGGCGCGCCUGCUGUUGUGCUGGCUUUGGCUACUCAAGGGGUGUUCCGGGGCUUUAAGGACACUCGCACUCCGCUCAUUGCUCAAGUGGGAGGCAACAUCGUCAACAUCGCCUUAGACCCGCUCCUCAUGUUCGCAUGCGGGAUGGGCGUCAGUGGGGCAGCGUUCGCGACAGUGACAGCGCAGUACAGCAUUGCGGCCUUCAUGCUGUGGCAGCUGAGUCAACGGGUUGUGCUCAUGCCUCCCCGCCUCUCCCACCUCAAGCUCGACCGUUUCCUCAAGUCAGGUGGUCUCCUCCUCGGUCGCACGCUCGCCCUGCUCUGCACCAUGACCCUCGCCACUUCCAUGGCAGCGCGGCAGGGCCACACGAGCAUGGCAGCGCAUCAGAUCGCCAUGCAGAUCUGGCUCGCUGUGUCUCUCAUGUCUGACUCCGUGGCUCUUGGCGCCCAGACCAUGCUGGCAUCGGCCUUUGCGCGCCACGAUGCGCGGAGGGUGAGGAGGAUCGCCAUGCGCGCCACACAGAUGGCGCUGCUCAUGGGCCUCACCACCGCCGCCCUGCUCACCCUCGCCACGCCCUACAUCCCCCGCGCAUUCACGUCUGAUUACACGGUUCAGAAGGCACUCACUUCUCUCAUGCCGUUCGUGGCAGCCACACAGCCCAUCCCAUCGCUCUUAUGCCAUUCUUAA